CUAAAAAUAAAACCACCGGAUUUGUAAUCAAUUUCUUUCCUCAAAUUAAGUUUAACGGAACCUAACAUAACAAGGCAAAAAAACAACAAAAAGGAAUCGCCCAUUCAUGACCCUUCUGUUUUCUCCCUCUUUUCUUCAACCACAAGAAAUCCAACCAACUCGCCAUUUCUUUGUCUCUCUUUCUCUCUCCCCUCCACCCAAGGAGGGAUGGAGACAGGAAAAAAACCGAACAUACCCACGACGAAAUUCCUCCUUGAUUCUUCCAUGUGGCCUUUCAUGGCUAUUCUCCUGACUUUCCUCCUCCUCUUCUCGGAGGCCAUCGUCUCUACGGUUGCAGCCGGUGGCCCUCUCCAGGCCUUGUUCAAGCCGAUCGACGAAAUUCUCAUCGAUUGUGGGUCGAAGUCAUCGGCCAAAACCCCUGACGGGAGAGUCUUCAAGAGUGACCCGGAAACGGCUCAAUACAUUGAAGCCAAGGACGAUGUUCAGGUCUCGACUCCUCCUUCAGACAGCAUUUCGUCUCCUGUCUACCUAACCGCGAGGAUCUUUCAAGAAGAAGCCACUUACAAGUUCCAUCUGAUCCAAAACGGUUGGCAUUGGGUUCGCCUCCAUUUCUUUGCCUUCCCUAACGACAAGUUCGAUCUCCAACAAGCAACUUUCUCUGUCUUGACGGAGAAAUAUGUGUUGCUUCAUAACUUCAAAUUCAGUAACAACAACAAUAGCCAACCCGUUCUUCACGAGUACCUCCUCAACAUUACAGAUUCUCAAUUCUCCCUUAGGUUCAAUCCUAUGAAGAAUUCCGCCGCUUUCAUCAACGCUAUCGAAGUUGUCUCGGCCCCGGAUGAACUGAUUCCCGAUUCGGGCACUGCCCUUUUCCCGGUUAACGAUUUCUCGGGCCUAUCCGGUUAUGCCUACCAGUCUGUUUACAGGAUUAACGUUGGUGGUCCCUUGAUCACGCCUCAGAACGAUACGCUAGGAAGAACAUGGAAAACCGAUAAGGAAUACUUGCAAGAUCCAAAUCUGGCCAAUGAUGUGAAAACGACCACCUCGGCCAUCAAGUACCCUGAGGGAGUAACCCCUCUUAUUGCGCCGCAGACUGUUUACGCAACAGCUGCAGAGAUGGCUGAUGCUCACACCAUUAACCCUAACUUCAACGUCACCUGGAACUUCCCUUCCAACCCUUCAUUUAACUACUUUGUCCGGCUUCAUUUCUGCGAUAUCGUCAGCAAGUCGAUGAAUGAUCUGUACUUCAAUGUCUACAUCAAUGGCAAGACGGCCAUUUCUGGUCUAGACUUGUCCUCUCUCACUGGCGGUCUAGCAACACCUUACUUCAAAGACAUUGUCGUGAACUCGACUCUGAUGGGUCCCCAGCUCCAGGUCCAAAUCGGUCCCAUGGGAGAGGAUACAGGGACCAAGAACGCGGUCUUGAACGGGGUUGAGGUCCUGAAAAUGAGCAAUUCUGUGAACAGCCUUGACGGUGAGUUCGGAGUGGAUGGUAGGACAGUGGGCAUGGGGAAGCACGGCAUGGUCGCGACUGCAGGGUUUGUAAUGAUGUUCGGAGCUUUCAUAGGGCUCGGAGCUAUGGUGUACAGAUGGAAGAAGAGACCACAGGAUUGGCAGAAGAGGAACAGCUUCUCUUCUUGGCUCCUACCCAUCCAUGCCGGUGACAGCACAUUCAUGACAAGCAAGGCCGGUUCUCAAAAAUCCAACUUCUACAACUCCACGCUCGGCCUUGGCCGUUAUUUCUCCCUCGCUGAGCUUCAGGAAGCAACCAAGAACUUUGAUGCAUCCCAAAUCAUAGGUGUCGGCGGAUUCGGGAAUGUAUAUAUUGGAACCAUUGAUGAUGGAACAAAGGUUGCCGUGAAACGAGGUAACCCACAAUCGGAACAAGGUAUUAACGAGUUUCAAACAGAGAUUCAGAUGCUGUCCAAGCUCAGACACAGACACUUAGUGUCCUUGAUCGGGUACUGUGACGAGAACUCGGAAAUGAUCCUCGUCUACGAAUAUAUGUCCAAUGGUCCAUUCAGAGACCAUAUUUAUGGAAAGAACCUACCUCCUCUGUCUUGGAAACAACGGCUUGAAAUCUGUAUCGGAGCAGCGCGUGGACUUCACUACCUGCACACAGGGACGGCUCAGGGGAUCAUCCACCGUGACGUGAAGACCACCAAUAUCCUCCUCGAUGAUGCAUUUGUGGCCAAAGUUGCGGACUUUGGUUUAUCCAAAGAUGUGGGCUUUGGACAAAACCACGUGAGCACGGCCGUGAAGGGAAGUUUCGGGUAUCUGGACCCAGAAUACUUCAGGAGACAGCAACUCACUGAUAAAUCAGACGUAUAUUCCUUCGGUGUUGUUCUUCUGGAGGCUCUUUGUGCGAGACCAGCCAUUAACCCACAGUUGCCGAGGGAACAAGUCAACCUGGCCGAGUGGGCGAUGCAGUGGAAACGAAAAGGGAUGCUCGAGAAGGUCAUCGACCCGAAUCUGGCAGGCACGGUAAACCCCGAGUCGAUGAAGAAGUUCGCCGAGGCGGCAGAGAAGUGUUUGGCUGACUAUGGUGUCGACAGGCCUUCAAUGGGAGACGUGCUUUGGAACUUGGAAUACGCUCUGCAGCUUCAGGAAGCGUUCUCGCAGGGCAAAGCCGAGGAGAACGAGAAUGCUAAGCCCGUGGGAGAAAGCCCUGGCUCUGGCCAUGGCCCUGAGCCAGCGGCUCCACUAUCUCCGGUGGUGGCUCCGACCACUCCCUCUUCGGCCAAUGACCGUAGUUCGGUUUCUCAGCCGGAAGAGAACCGUGGGCCGGGCGAGGUUCAGGCCGUGGACGAACACUCUGGAACCGCCAUGUUUACUCAGUUUGCCAACCUGAACGGAAGAUAAACACAAAGAAAAGCUGGAAAUAAGUUCUUGAAAUGCAUCCAAAUGAAUUUGAACGGAGAGAGAUUAGAGUAAGAGUUUCAAGGUGUUGUUGCUCUUUGUAUUUGUUUUUUUUGUUUUGUCAUGGUCUGUAUAUCAGUGUGAUGUCUGACUGUGUCUUGUCGUGUAAUUUUUGUGGGUGGAUAUAUGUGUAUACUAACUAAAGCUGAUGUAUCUAUCUACGCAUCCUCUCUCUCCUGUGGUUUCCGUAGGUUACAACAACACGUUGAAAUUGUAUGUGAAUCUUCAUGUACUUUCAGGAGGGGAAAAAAACGUUAGUUUUGCCCAAAGAUUUCAACUUUCAGACUCAAUAAGCUAAAGCAAGAAGUUCAAGAGAUCAAAAUACGAUAGGAUGUUGAGUUAUCUGAACUAAUAAUAUGUCGGAAAGAGAAUGGCAUUGCAAUGCUUGUUUGAAAACAUCUUCAAAGCAAACAUCACAGAAUAUCACUCAAAAUUCUUGAGCUAUAGGAUCUCUGUCUCCUCUUCCUCUUCUCAUGGCAUUACUUGGUGAAAGUUAUGAUAUUCAUGUGCUCAUUGUGAAAUAUAGAAAAAGGGGUGUGUGCAUAUAUAUGUAUGUCUGCCUGUGUGUGUGUCUGUGUACACACACCACAAUACACUUGUAAACGCCAGAGCAAAACCCAUGUAUAUGCAUAAUGGAUAUGUUAUGAUCCUAAAUUCACCACCACAAAAUUUACAAACUUGGGGUUCCUAAGGUGCAAUACCAAGUGGUCGGACCAGAGAUCUUAGAGGCUUAUAGCCAAAAGAUUUGGGUUUGCAGAUUCUGCGGGUUUCCUCUUUCUGCAGAACAAAAGAGGACCAAAAACAAGAAUAGAAAAACCUUAAAUUAGCCACUGGUUGGAGAUGUCCAGAUUCACCAUCUCCAUCACUAGGACCUGAAAUUUAUGUACCAUCUCUUUUCUUAUCUCUCCUUCUUGUAUAAAAAGCUUCAUUCUUUCCCCCUGAAUCUGAAAACCCACGAUUGAAACACAAAACAAAAAAAAACACCCAAGGAUUCCAAUCUGUCCAAAAGAUGGAGAACAGAAAUGGGUUGAUGGCAUUUGACAUGGGGGAGCUAAGGAACAACCUCCCCAAGAAGAGAGGAUUGUCAAGGUACUACUCAGGAAAAGCAAGAUCAUUCGCUUGCAUUUCAGAUGUGAAAUGCCUGGAAGAUCUCAAGAAACAAAGCCAACCACUUCCACUUGAUGCCCACAAGAAGAGGAAGAAGCAAUUAGCCAUUGAUCCUCUCAACAACAACACCAACACCAACACCAACAAUAUGAACUUCCAAAAUUACCAUUGCAGAAGAGUCUCCAGUACCACCCACUGUGCCUCCCCUUGCAUUGGUGCAUAAUGGUUCCUUACUUGUUGCCUUCACCAAAACAAAGCCUUUCUGGUAUAAUAUUUUAUCAUUUUAAACCAAAAAGAAAAAAAGAAAAUGAAUUUGAUCAGUUUUUCAA